AUGUAUAAACUUCAGUUACUUGUUUGCCUGUUUUCAAUUGUUCAGCUUAGCUACUUGGUGGCUUUAGUUGCUGCUCAAGGAUCUAGGAACAAAACCAGUAAAUGGCAAACACUCGAGGGAAACUCUCCUUUAGUCAUAGCUAGAGGUGGAUUUUCAGGCAUAUUUCCCGAUUCUGGUCAAUAUGCCUAUCAACUAGCAGUGCAGGUUUCCUUACCCAAUGUGGUUGUAUGGUGUGACGUUCAACUUACGAAAGAUGGAGUUGGAAUCUGCUUUCCAGACCUUAGGCUUGAAAAUGGUUCUGACAUUGAUAAUAUUUUCAAGAAAGGGGUAAAAACCUACUCCGUGAAUGGGGUUCCUAUGCAAGGAUGGUUUUCUGUUGAUUUUACCCUUGAAGACCUAUCUCUUCUCAAUUUGAAACAGAGUAUCUACUCUCGGGCACCUAAUUUUGACGGCACUCCACAGCCGAUUCUUACUGUUGAAGAUGUUGUUAACCUGACAAAACCAGCAGGCUUGUGGUUGAAUGUUCAGCAUGAUGCCUUCUUCAGCCAACAUAAUCUGACAAUGAGAACCUUCAUUAUUUCUGUGUCUAAAAGAGUGGUUGUUAAUUAUAUUUCAUCACCAGAGUUGAAAUUCUUGAGAAGUAUCAUCGCACGAUUCAGAAGCCCGACAAAACUCAUAUUUCGGUUUCUGGGACGUGAUGAUAUGGAGCCUUCAACCAACCAAACAUAUGGUUCACUUUUGAGGAAUCUUACAUUUAUCAAAACAUUUGCCUCAGGAAUUCUUGUUCCUAAAAAUUAUAUCUGGCCUGUUAACAGUCUAUAUUUGCAGCCACAUACUUCUGUUGUUUCGGAUGCUCAUAAAGCUGGUCUAGAAGUGUUUGCAUCAGAUUUUGUAAACGAUGCAGCUUUACCCUAUGACUACAGCUAUGACCCUGUUUCUGAGUAUCUCAACUACAUUGACAAUGGCAACUUUUCUGUUGAUGGUGUACUCUCUGACUUCCCAAUAACUGCAUCUGAAGCCAUAGAUUGCUUCUCACACAUGGGCAAAAAUGAAAAAGAACAAGUAAAGCUUUUGGUUAUCUCAAUGGAAGGAGCAAGCGGCAACUAUCCUGGCUGUACUGACAAGGCAUAUAGUAAAGCUAUAUCAGAUGGUGUAGAUAUUCUUGAUUGUCCUGUUCAAAUGACAAACGACGGGAUAGCUUUUUGCUUGGGAUCUAUCAACCUCAGAGAUAGAACUAAUGUUGAUGAAACAAACUUCAGCAACCUGGCCACAAGUAAUCGAGAUCUUAAAAUAGACAGUGGAAUAUAUGCCUAUAAUCUCACGUGGAGCCAAAUUAGCACCUUGAAGCCUGCAAUGGACAAUCCAUACGUGAAUUUUUCACUUUAUCGAAAUCCAAAAGCCAGAAAUGAUGGGCACUUUAUGCAGUUGUCUGAUUUUUUGAGCCUUGCAAGUAAUGCACCUUCAGUCGCUGGUAUCUUAAUCAGUAUAGAGAAUGCUGCUUACCUAGCCGAGAAACAGGGCCUAGGUGUAAUUGAUGCAGUUUUGGAUGCUUUGAACAAAGCUGGUUAUCAUAAUCGGACAGCUAAGAAAAUUAUGGUAAAAUCUAGUGAUAGUGCUGUUUUGAAUAAGUUCAAGAAUAGCCACAAUUAUGAGCUUGUUUACGUGAUCGAUGUGGAUAUCCGUGACAUUACAAACUCAACAAUUUUGGAGAUCAAAAAGUUUGCCAGUUCUGUAGUCAUCACGAAAGGAUCCGUAUUUCCUACUGAUGAGGCAUUUCUCACCUUGCAAACGGAUGUGGUCCCUAAGUUCCAGGCCUUUGGAUUCCCUGUUUAUGUGAAAAAUUUCAGAAAUGAGGUUGUGUCUCAACCAUGGGAUUUCUUCUCGGAUGCUUACGUGGAGAUCAACACACAUGUUUCUUUCAUGGAAAUUAAUGGUGUCAUAACGGACUACCCGGCUACAGCAGCUAAAUAUAGAAGGAAUCGAUGUUUAGGGUAUAGAGAUUUGCCACUAUACAUGAGCCCUGUGCAACCUGGCGGCCUUAUUACCCUUAUGGCACCUCAAGAUUUGCCACCAGCCGAGGCUCCAAACCCUGUCCUGUCAGAGAGUGACGUGAUUGAACCUCCUCUACCUCCCGUUGUGAAGAAGCCCCCGACAAGAAACACUGGCAAUGGCUCUAUGGCACCAGGUCCCACCACACGAAAUGGACAGCCUACAAUUGUUGCAAGCAUGAUCCUAAGUAGCAUUGCUGUCCUGGCAACCCUUUUGCUUUGCUGA